UUCCCGAGCCAGCCGGGCGCUCGCCCUCCGCCCGCUGGCUGCAGCGUCGCGCACCCAAGGUCAGAGGCGCCGCAGGAGCAGCAGCUACAAACCGGAGCGGCGGGUCAAUCCUGGCCGCGGGGAGAAAGCCCCAGGCGCAUUCGUCCCGCGUCAGCAGCCGCCGGAGAAGGAGGCGAACGAAGGUCUCCGGGCCGGCGGGGCCCUGCUGAGACAGUCGCUGGCACAGAGACCGGGCAGGUGGAGGCCCCUGGGUCUGGGGCUCCACCUUCGGUGGAGCUCCACCUUCGGCUCCCAGGCGCUGUCCAUCUCCUCGCGGUGCUGAACCCAGCCCUACCGCCAAGCGGCCUGCUGACCUGCCUUCUUACCAACAGAUCUCCCUGACUGGGGGCGGGGCUAGGGCUAAGAGAGCCCCUGGGCAGCUGCUCACUGGAGCCGAGGGGCUGAAACAGGAGAGCCAGCGAACCGCAGCCGGGCAGCUGGUCCUGAUGUGGAGAGGAGACGCGCGCUGCAGCCGGCGGCGGCGCUAGUGCUGAUUCAUCACCUAGAGCAUCUAGCAGGCCACCGCCAGGGCAGUCGACCUGCUCCGGACUCUGGCCGCAGGUUGAAGCCACUGGUGCAGGACCCUCGCCGGCAGGAGGUGAGGACCCCCUCCUUUCUCUUGCCCCCAGUUGUCUAUGGGCGGUGGCCCCAGGACAGAGAGAGGGGCGUGCCCCCGGGGUGUGAAGUAGUCAUGCCGGUGUGAUGCUCCCACCUCCGGUCUCCCUGGUGCUAACCACACUUGUUCUCCGCCUGUCUCCGGAGCCUGGGCCAUUCCGACCUCCGCCCUGAGCAGCUCUCUCUGCCCGUGCGGCGAUGGAGGAGGAGCUGAAGUGCCCCGUGUGCGGCUCCCUGUUUCGGGAGCCCAUCAUCUUGCCCUGUUCCCACAACGUCUGCCUGCCUUGCGCUCGUACCAUCGCGGUGCAGACCCCGGACGGUGAGCAACACCUGCCCCAGCCGCUCCUGCACUCCCGGGGCACAGGGCUGCCCGCAGGCGCCGCCGCUGCCGCACCCCCUCUGGACCACGAGGCGGCGGCUGGCCCGGCCUGCAGCGGCGGGGGAGGGGGCACAGCUGGUGGCUUGGGCGGCGGCGCGGGAGGUGGCGGCGACCACGCGGACAAGCUGAGCUUGUAUAGCGAGACAGACAGCGGCUAUGGCUCUUACACCCCGAGCCUCAAGUCCCCCAACGGGGUUCGCGUGCUGCCCAUGGUUCCCGCGCCACCCGGCUCCUCGGCCGCGGCGGCCCGGGGUGCCGCCUGCUCCUCGCUGUCCUCGUCCUCCUCAAGCUCCAUCACGUGCCCGCAGUGCCACCGCAGCGCCUCCCUGGACCACCGUGGCCUGCGAGGCUUCCAGCGCAACCGACUGCUCGAGGCCAUCGUGCAGCGGUAUCAGCAGGGCCGCGGGGCGUUGCAGGGGGCGUCCGCAGCCGCUGCAGUGGCCAUCUGCCAGCUGUGCGACCGCACCCCGCCUGAGCCCGCCGCCACGCUCUGCGAGCAGUGCGAUGUGCUCUACUGCGCUGCCUGCCAGCUCAAGUGCCAUCCAUCCCGGGGACCCUUCGCUAAGCAUCGCCUGGUGCAGCCGCCGCCACCUCCAGCUCCCACCGAGGCCGCCUCUGCGUCCCCAGGCACCGCCCAGGGCGCCCCCAGCGGAGGUGGCGGCUGCAGGAGUCCAGGAGGCACCGGGGCGGGAGCUGCCGGGGGCGGCGCGGCCCGCAAGUACCCUACGUGCCCCGAACACGACAUGGAGAACUACAGCAUGUACUGCGUGAGCUGCCGGACCCCGGUGUGCUACCUGUGCCUGGAGGAAGGGCGGCACGGCAAACACGAGGUGAAGCCGCUGGGGGCCAUGUGGAAACAGCACAAGGCCCAACUGUCUCAAGCCUUAAAUGGUGUGUCCGAUAAGGCAAAGGAAGCAAAGGAGUUCCUGGUUCAGCUAAAGAAUAUUCUGCAGCAGAUCCAGGAGAACGGCCUGGACUACGAGGCCUGCCUGGUGGCUCAGUGUGAUGCUCUGGUUGACGCUCUCACGCGACAGAAAGCCAAGCUGCUCACCAAGGUGACCAAAGAGAGGGAGCACAAGGUCAAGAUGGUUUGGGACCAGAUCAAUCACUGCACAUUGAAGCUGCGUCAGUCCACGGGGCUGAUGGAGUACUGCCUGGAGGUGAUCAAGGAGAACGACCCCUCCGGGUUCCUGCAGAUCUCAGACGCCCUGAUCAAGCGUGUCCAGGUAUCCCAGGAACAGUGGGUCAAAGGCGCCCUGGAGCCCAAAGUGUCUGCGGAGUUUGAGCUGACCUUGGACAGCGAGCCACUGCUGCAGGCCAUCCACCAGCUGGACUUCAUCCAGAUGAAAUUGCCGCCUGUCCCCCUGCUGCAGCUGGAAAAGUGCUGCACACGUAACAACAGUGUCACGCUGGCCUGGAGGACGCCGCCCUUCACCCACAGCCCCGUGGACGGCUACAUCCUGGAGCUUGACGACGGCGAUGGGGGGCAGUUCCGGGAGGUGUACGUCGGCAAGGAGACCCUGUGCACCAUCGAUGGGCUCCAUUUCAACAGCACCUACAACGCCAGGGUCAAGGCUUUCAACUCCUCGGGCGUCGGACCCUACAGCAAGACUGUGGUUCUGCAGACGUCUGAUGUCGCCUGGUUCACGUUUGACCCCAACUCUGGGCACCGGGACAUCAUUUUGUCCAAUGACAACCAGACGGCCACCUGCAGCAGCUAUGACGACCGGGUGGUGCUGGGCACGGCGGCCUUCUCCAAGGGUGCGCACUACUGGGAGCUGCAUGUGGACCGCUACGACAACCACCCAGACCCUGCGUUCGGAGUGGCCAGGGCCAGCGUGGUCAAGGACAUGAUGCUGGGCAAGGAUGACAAGGCCUGGGCCAUGUAUGUGGACAACAACCGCAGCUGGUUCAUGCACUGCAACUCUCACACCAACAGGACAGAAGGUGGUGUGAGCAAGGGGGCCACCGUGGGCGUGCUGCUGGACCUGAACAAGCACACGCUGACUUUCUUCAUCAACGGGCAGCAGCAGGGCCCCACGGCCUUCAGCCACGUGGACGGGGUCUUCAUGCCAGCCCUCAGCCUCAACCGCAACGUGCAGGUCACCCUGCACACGGGAUUAGAAGUGCCAAGCAACCUGGGGAGGCCAAAGCUGUCGGGCAACUAGCCUCCCAGCUCCUGCUCUGCACAGCCAUCCCUCACUGCGCUCGCACGGCCCCCGAGGGCAGCGUGACCUUGUCUCCAACCCAGCAGCCACUGAGUAUCUAUGAACCGUUUUCUUUGGGGGAUGGGGAAUGGCCUGCAGGCCGUGCGUGUGGAGGCCAUUCUCAGUGGUGAAUGUGGGUGCGUGUUUCCCCUCAUUCCAAAUACAAGGGAGGACCUUUCUCAAGGGAGCAAGGAAGCAUUUGGGGGUUUCCUUUGUUUCCUGCCUUCUGUUUUCAAAGCUUGUCUUUUGGGGGCGAGAGGAGAGAGACUUGGAGAUGGACCUCCUAAGGGCAGGAGGCAGGGGGAUACUCCAGAGUCCCGUGUCCUCAGUGUCAAGCCUUUGCUGGAUGCCACCCCUUCCGCCGAACCAAGGGUGCAGGCUCCCAUCUCUGCCAGGGAGUUAUCCUUUAGGUUUCCAAUCCUGGAGUCUUCAGUAUGUCAGGCCACGUGCAGACAUAAUCCAGGAUGGAUAGAGGACAUUAAUCCUUAACCUUGAUCUUGGCCUCUCUUGUUGAACCAUUUAAAAAUGGUUUCCUUAGGUCCUUCACUAAUCAUCCAAUCUCUCUCCUCUCUCUCUCUCACAUACACACACACACACACACACACACAGACACACACACACACCAGUCUGCUAAAAUCCUUUCACUCAGUUCUUAAACACAAAAGAAAAUACUGGAAUCUGAAUAACUGUGACGAAUCUCCACCUGGUGAUGUUUUUUUUUCGGGAUCUGGUUCCCCAAAGGCUACCUGCAAGCCUGAGCUGCCCUUCCUAGCUGUGUGGCUCUCAAACUCAUGAGCCUAGGAGGUGGGAGACCCUGGGGAAGCCUGGGGAAGACCAUCUACUGUCAUCCUGAAAGCAUCAUGAAAACAGGAAGUGGACGGGAUGGCAGGGGCGGCUCUGCAGGAGACAAAUGACAAUGUCGCGUUCCUGGUCUCCUUGCUUCCCAGGGAGCCCGGGUGUGCUGAGUCCACGUGGCCAGCCCUCCCCUCCCUGCUGGGAACCCUCACCUCCUUUGCGUCCCAAGAGGUGCCUCUUGGAAAGAGCCGGAAACCUGCCACCACGCUAUCCCCAGAGCACCUGUCCCAUCUUUUUCCUCUUCUUCCUCGUCACCUGCCACUUCUGUCUCCAGCUGGUAGUCAGCCUUUCUCUCUCCUCUUUAAAAGAAUCUAUUUUAUCAAGCAUUUUAUUUUUGAGGUUGAGGAGCUGUCUAUUUGCUGGAUCGGAUUUUUAUAAAACUUAGCCCGUCAACCGGCAUCAACUGUGUUUACUCAGUUCUACCUGCUUGUUUAGAUGCUGCACUUGGUCUCCGAGUCAGCCCGGCCAGUGCAGCUCCCGCCCUCUAUUCAGCAGAUCCGACAAUCCUACCUCAAGCCCAAGCUCCCGGACCAGGUGUGGCCAGCAAGGCCAGCCGCCCGGCAUCUGCGGGAGCUGCCGGUGCUGUGUCCAAGCCUCUGCCACCCAGGUUCUGGCAACCAUCUGCUCAGCAGAGUCGAGGUCUUGCCUCCUCACUCUCAUCCUGCGGGUGGUUCCCAGGGCGCUCGGUACCCAAGCUCCAGCCUGAGCCCUGCAGGUGAUGCCCAAGGCCCUGGCUGCACAGCCCUCAUCCGCACACGCCUAUCUCUUCUCCACUCCCACUUCCCUUGAUCUUGCUCCUUGGCCACAGCCCUGUGGACCCGGCUUGGAAGAUGGGGAAGGUUCCUGAAGAUGGGAGGACACAGAGGAGCCACAGCCAUCCUGGGGCUAAGAAAGCCGUGGUGUGUGGUGGGUCCUGAUGCAUCGGCUUUGGGAAACGUCCUUUGGGAAAGAGGAGGCCAGCACACAGAGAGUGAGAGGGUGGUGAGGCAGGACCUCCUGGUGGAAGUGACCCUUUUCAGUGGAGUCUGGAUGCAGGUCAAGCUGGGUGACCAUGUGGCCCUGGCUGUGAAUCUUUGAGAAGGAACUGCUCGGGGUCAGCCUGGACCUGGUGACAUUCUUGGGAAAGCUGGCACCUGGUUCAGAGGGAUAUGGGAAAGGGAGAAGUCAGGUUCUCACCCCUUCAGGGCACCUCUUUGGAAAGAACAUGACCUGCAGCUCAGAGAGAAGCCACCAGGACCUCCUCCCCACCUGCAGCAGCCUUGAGGUACUGUGAAUACCAGGAGCUGGCAAGCAUCUAACUUUCCUGGCUCCUCCAGGGGCCCAGAAGCAAUACGCUGGGUUGGGACCGAGUCAUGCUGUCCUCCAGCCACCUCUCCUGCCCUCAGCACAAAACACCAUCCAGGAACAAGAACGGACCUCAGGGAGAAGGCAGGUCCGUGCUGCACACCUGAGUUCUCGAAGGACCAGCAGGACAAACAAAGGACUCAUCACCAACCUGUGGCCUUGUAUCACACCUCUCCCCUGGGAAGCCUGGGAUUUGAGGUCAAAGUGACAGGUCACAGGCUGCUCAUCUGCCACUGCUCAUCUGCAGGGAGAGCCUGCACCACAAGGCUGCUCAUCUGAGUUCACCAUUCCUUCACUAGGCACUGAUGCUUUUGUGCAUAAACAUUGUAUCAAGGUGAUGCUGUGGUUGGGCUGGCAGAAGGAUACCUUGGUGAUGGUGGACAAAGCAGUUUCAGUGAGAAAGGGAUUCAAAGUAAUUUAAAAUGUCAGGUUCCAUUUCAUUGUAAAUAAUGCCGCCCCCCCAUAAUGUAGUUCUGCAGUUUGUUCUUUGCUCGUGAGCAAGUCUGGUCCAAGUGUACGCCUUUCCUUUUAGAAUUAAUCUCUUUAAAGAAAAUAUCCAAUAGCAUCUCACUGCACAGCAUCCUAGCCCUGAAUUCAGACCAAGGUAAGACAUUACACACAGGCCUGCUUUCCCCCUUUGUCCUGUGCGGGAAAACAGUGAUUCCAGGUCAAGUAGGCGUCAGGAAUCCUGAUGCACAGGUAACUGACCUAAAAACCAUAAAACUGUGGGUAUUUCAGGCUGGCUUUUCAGCUCUCUGCAUAGUCUUAGUUGGGACAGUGUUCUCGGGCACCCCAAGAUUUGGGAAGAUCAUGCUUAGAGGGCGGGCCUGGGCCGAGCAGGAACUCCCUGAGAACAACGGGAACAGGCCCCUCCUCCUCCUUGCUCUUGGGGCCUGGGACCGCCCCACCCUCCUGCUGCUCCUCCCGCCCCUCUCUGCCCACCAGGGCACUCUCAGGAAGGGGCCAGGGUGCAGAUCUGUCUGCACUUCUGCAAAGAUAUUUGUACUUAAACCUGCAAUCCAAUUGCGAGUGAAAGGCUUGGUCCCCUGAGAAGGCGUGUUUCAGGACAGGUGAUCUUGGGGACACCUGCUGGCUGUGAGUUGGUGACGGUGGACACCACCCCUGGGGAUUCACAGGUGAAUGCCGACAAACACUGUCCCUCAGAGGAUGUCAGAGUCCCGCCCUCAGCACUUUGUGGGGCAGGGGGAGGGGGAGUUCUCUGUUGUGAGGGCCUGUCCCGCGUGUGCUGUAGGAUGUUUAGCAGAGGUCCUUGGCCUCCACCCGCGAGACCCCAGUGGCACCCCCGGGUUAGCUGUGACAACCGAAGGUGUCUGCAGACACUGCCAGGAGUGGCCCAGGGAGGGGAUUCCAUGGCUGAGAACCAAGGAUGCUGUGAUCAUGGUUUGUCACGUGUCGAUGUGGGGUGUCCACAUGCAUCUGGGGAGUCUGGGAGAGCCUGCGCCACAAGGCUGCGGGCCUGCAUCUUGACCCCCAAGACCCGGACUUCCCGGGUCUGCAGAGUCCUGCCAGAUGGUGGCGGGGGAUGGGGUGGGUGGGUGGUGUCAGGAAAAUGGAGGGAGGCUCACAGCCGCCAGCCUGUCAGGUCUCCCGUUGUCCGCACGAAGUUGCCCCCACCGCCACCCCCAUCCCUAGAAAACACAUCGUCACCUGCGUUUUCCCUGGCUGCUUUUGACUAGAGGCAACAGAAACGUCUUGGUGGGUAUGUGGCUUCCAAUGGGACAAACAUCUAAACAGGUGUCAUCAGAAGACGUUCAAGGUCCAUGAGGAUCUUGGGAGGUCCCGGCUUUUCUUUCGCCGGUGAGCCGGGAGGUGUUUUCAUCAAUCCCAUUCCUUGAGCCACGGCUGUCGCUUUAAACGGGUUGUAGAUCAGCAGGUCUGGAGCGGGACACCAAGUUCAGCCCUCAGAAACCGCCCUCUUUCAACCUGGCUUCCAUGGAUAUUGGUUCAAGAUACGGGUGGGGCUUUCUGUGCCUCAGUACCCCUCCCACCCCUGCCUGAAAAUGAGACCAGUCACACUAACCUACCUCCUCCGGUGCAUUGUGGGGAUUAAAGUGCAAGGCUUCUUAAAGGAAAAAGUAGAGCCUUUCAUCCAUGGAGUCCAGGCUCAUAGUUUGCAUUCAACAGGCAGAACGAGUGUGGUGACCUUCCCAAGUGUCACUGACCACAGCGUCUUCCAGUCAAGUCCCCUUACCAGGAGCUGCCUGCUGUGAGGGGAGAAGUUGACAGGGAAAUCUGGCUUCAUGAAGCAGGAAGCAACUCGGUGGAUGUGCAGCCUGCGUCAAUGCUACUUUGUAUGAAGCGCUCUAAACAGGCUGCGCCUCAGCAUUCUCAAUGCACACAGAAGCCCCCUUGAAACAUGGAAAAAGAGGGACUGCCUUCUGCCUCCUUGGUUAACUCAGUUCUAGUAUCUAACAGGGGCCCCCAAUCCACGAUGCGUCUCCUUUGUUUCCAAAGAGCUCGGCAAAGGGAACAACUUUGAAAAUCAAUGUCUAAGUAAGAUAGGGAGUUCCCUGGUGGCUCAGUGGGUUAAGGAUCUGGUUUUGUCGCUGCUGUGGCUCAGGUCACAGCUGCGGCACAGACUUGAUCCCUGGCCACGGGACUUCCACAAGCCGUGGACACGGUCAAAAUAAAACAAGACUAAGAUGGCUUGCAACUGAACUGCAGUCUGGAGGGCCAGUGGCCUCAACAGCAGAGGGCUGGUGGCCAUCGCAGACUGGGACUGACUCGCAUGAUCUGGGGAGGAGUCUCCUGGCUCUUGCGAUGAAUGACGCCAUCUUGGGUCAGAGAAGGAGCUGGGAGCUGAGACUGCAGGCAAGUCUCUAGGCCCAGAGGCAUUGCUUUCUCUCAUAGGGCACGGCUCGCUGUGGGCGCCAACUGCCUGGCUCCGUCCUGGGGAGACCCAGGGGCUCUUGGGCCAUCGAGGUGGGUACUGCUCCCUGGGCCAGCCCUUCAGAAGGCUCCAGGGAGAGUCCCAGACAGGCUUUGGGUUUGGAACAAGUGCCUGCUCACGGCUGUGGAAAUAGGAGCCUGGCAGGUGCUGCCUGGGUGAGGCUCUGGCCUGGGGACAGCCUUUCGGACCCCUCAUGCCUGGUGACUGGACGUGCCAAGCCCCGGACUUUCUCAGCACCAAGAGGAAAUGCAGAGUGAGCAAAGCAAGAAACGUUAAAUGCAUGAUGUAGAAUUGCUGCUUUCCCACUAAACUGUUGUAUGAAGCAUGAGAGAUGUGUGUUUCACGUUGGCAAGGGAAUUUCAAAAAUAACAAAAAGCUUCGUGUUCUUGUUUUGGCCGUGGAGCGAACCUCCACUUUCCAGUCUUUCUUUACCCCGCUUUCUCCCUUCCUCCAACCCCUCCCCCAUCACACCCACUUCCUGUCACUAGUUGUUGGUGUUUGGUGGCAGCUCUCGGUCCCAUUGGUGUCCAAGCUCCACUGGAAACAUGGAGGAGGGCAGUGGGGGUGGGGGGUGGGAAGGUAUGCAACUUUUUUCUAAUUUUUGUAUCGGUAUCCCAAGCGUUUGUAUUUUUUGAAUUGCAAACACUGUGUUUUCUGGUCUUUGGGGGUUGGUUGAAUUUUGUGUAUUGCCUUUUGGAAAACCUGAGUUUUACCACAGUCUUAAGCAGAUUUGAAAUAAAUUCUUUUGACACUGCCA